GUUCGCGAGAGGUCAAGAUGUUAUUGUUGAAGUGCAGUGAAAAUGAACAGAUUACCUAACAGAUUACAUUGUUCGUCGCCAGCUCUAUCAGAUGUAGAAGGACGUAAUUUUGGACCUACACCGAGAAAACCAGAGGCAGUGAAGGAGAAACUGGAGAAUGAAUUCCUGGUGAAUUUCGUUGCGAGCCUUUAUUGCAAAGCUAUAGUAGUCCUUGGGGUAGCUUUGCCGAUAACAGAUGCAAUAACUCUAAAUAGUAAUAUAUAUAUUUUCAGAAUUUUUUAUAUUUACCUGUACGCUGGUAGUAUAACUUUUUUAUGUUACAUAUGCUUAGUGCAAGUGAGAGAAAAGUCUGUUAGGUUGAGUUUAUAUGAGAUGCAAAGUACGAUACCAAUGACAUUUGAAUUGGCUGAACCAGAAAAUAUUAACCAGCCUGUGAGAUAUGGCAGCUUUUAUCUGAGAAUGGGGGUAACAGGCUUUGGCAUGGGUUCUGUGAUAUACUCAGGAUUUCAAUUUGCACAAUAUUUUGAAUAUUCUGCUGAAAAUGAUUGUAGACAUCCUGUGAAAGCCAUGAAGCCUUGCCUUCGAAUAAUUUUCGUUCUAAUGCAGAUAUUUUUUGUUUUAUCCACGAAUAAUUUCAUUCAUGUGCAAAAGAGUAAGAUGAUAGCUAGGUUCGGGCUCAUGCACAUGAUAGGCACAAAUCUAUGUGAGUGGUUUCAAGUGGUAGUCAAAGAAACACAACAUGAUAUAUACAAAACUGCACAGAAGUUACUCGCUAAGAACUUAGGGAAUCAUUCUCUUCUGCCAAUCGUUUUCGAAACAAAACGAUUUUACGAUAAGAAGGAACAAUGUAUGGAAACCAAUAUAAUAGGACCUUUGUUGUUCAAGACAGAGCCCUAUCUAGCACCUUGUACCAUAGAGUUUAGUGUUUUAUGUGCUGUUAUUUUGGGAUUGAUGUGGAAGAAGAACCUUACAAAUGGAAUAGGAGAAAGGAAAGCGAAUCGUAUACAGUUGAGAGAAACAUUUACUGAAAGUACUACAGAUGUUUAUGGCAGGACAAAGAGCAGAUUUUCAGUGGAUUGUUCUAAAGCACAUAAAGGUCUUUUCAGUGGAAUUCUGGUCAUCAUAUUAACCAUAAUGAGUCUGAUCUUAUAUUCAGAACUAGAGAAUCAUGGAGACUAUUGGCACAUAGGCAUUCUGCUAGUAAAUGCUCUGGAGUUCCUCCUAUUCUGGGCAGGAACUUUGGCCUCGAUUCUUUGUAUAAUAUCCAUAAGGGAUAUUGGUUAUUACAAAAUGAGCAGACAACUUGAGUUGGAACAUGUCCUGUUACUUCUUUCUCAGUCAGGCGUUUUUAUUUAUAAUUUAUUUCAAGUUUUGGGUGCUACCCAUAUGGCAGUAAGAGGCGGAGUAGCAUUCAAUAAAGUAAUAAGAAUCAUAACAUCUCUGUCCUGUGUGAUUCAGAGCUGUUCUCAAACAACAUUAGUCUUGAUAGCUUGGAGGAGAAGAUGCGUUUCUAAGUCCCACAUUAGAAGAAAACCAGGAAAACAGCUUGUUACCUUCCUCCUUCUCAGCAAUUUCGCCAAUUGGGUCAUAUGCCGUUUCAACCAUAACAAAUCUACCUCCCAUCCGAUUCAGAUGGAUUUUUAUGGGCUUCUAGCUUGGAACAUCAUCACGCACGUGUCCAUUCCCUUGAUGUUAACAUACAGGUUUCAGUCAACUGUGUGUUUUUAUGAGAUCUGGACACACGUCUAUAAGACCACUGCGAUUGGGACUUCUUGCAGAGAGUUUACCAGUGAAGGUGAAAAUUAUAGUGAAUUUCAGUAAAAAAUUAGAGAGAUUUUCGGCUAUCUCUUAAACAUAUAGUAAUUCAUAUUUUUAUCUCAUUUGUAUGUAAAUUUCUGUAUGAAAGAAUAUAUGAAUAUUUCAAUUUCUUUUUGGCAGGAC